GACGUUUGAACUCAAAAGAUGCUGCUAAAGCUAUCCUUGACUUUACUUUUCCUGGCAUGUUUGUUUCCCGUGGGUAUUUGCUUUGAAAAUGACAAGAAAACAACAAAAAGAAAAGUUCAGGAGGAGGAAAUGAAAAUCGCCCAGCCUGAUGAGAGACUUACCGCGAUUGCAAAAGGUAGAGAGAUUGUAAUCUGGUCAAGGGAAGCCAAGCCAAGAAACGACAUGGGCUGCACCAGCAUUGGAGGUAUCUGUCAAAGUAAUAUCUACAUCUGUCAGGGCCGAUACCUGAAGGAUAAAUGUCGGGGAGAGAAGUCACGCCAGUGUUGUACGCCAGCUGCAGCGUGGAGUGCUCUGUGUGCUGGAAGUCAUCAUAACAGAGUGAGAGCUUGUGACAGCUUUGGCUGUGGUGGCUUUAAUUCCAGGAGUGAUGACAGGAUCCACAAGGGAAUCCACAUUGUGUGCGGUGAUUAUGGCAUCAUCAAUGCUCCUUUUUCGGGGAACCUGGGCGGUCCUGUUGGGAGAGCAGUGGGAGACUCCGUUCAGUAUGAUGGUGUCAAACUCUAUAGCAAAGUGCACUGUGUGAAGAUCUUCAACAUCCGUCCGUAUGUUUACUUUGGCUCUGUAGUUCAGGGAGAGGCCAUGGGUUACCUGUUACCCCUACAGGAGCGUUUCUCUGGCAUCACCUCACACCUGGAGCUUCAGAUGUGUGAUGGCUCUGAUCCCUCGCCCUUCAUAUGAGACCUGUUUAAAUCAGUGCAUUCAAUCAGUUAAACCAAUUCUUAAUGCUUUCAUUAGGACUUAUAGUGCAUGGCAUUAAAACAUCAUUUAAAUUACAUUACAAACUGACUGUUUUUACAAGCAAUAAAAUAUUCUAUACCAUG